AUGGAAAAUUUGACCUAUUUUGCAACCUACACUCUGAUGGAACCAAGAGACUCUAAAUCAUACAGACAUUUAUAUUUCACAUGUAUUUUAUUUCUGUAUAUUAUGAUAUUGUUUGUUAACAUUUGGCUCAUUGUUGUUAUUGUUUUGGAGAGAGCCCUUCAUGAACCAAUGUAUAUUUUUCUGUGCAAUCUGUGUAUAAAUGAUAUAUAUGGAACAGCAGCAUUCUAUCCUAAAUUUCUGCAUGAUUUAUUACUGGAUUCAUAUGUGAUUCCUUCUUACUUUUGUGCCUUACAAGCUUUUGUAGUGUACACCUAUGUAAUGUGUGAAUUUUCUACAUUAGCAGUGAUGGCGUAUGACAGACAUGUGGCUAUAUGCAGACCAUUGGACUAUCAUUCAAAGCUGAACAGAAAGUCAUGUGGUAUAUUACUUAGUUUAUGCUGGAUUUUGCCAUUUCUUAUUAUGUUCAUUGCAGUUGUCUUGUCAAAUAGGUAUGUUCCAUGUAAGUCUCAAAUUGAAAAAUUGUAUUGUGACAACUGGUCAAUAGUAAAGCUCUCAUGUGAAUCAACUGUUGCUAAUAACAUUUAUGGAUUUGUUUUUAUUUCAUUAUAUUUUGGACUUGUCGUUGUAAUUAUGGUGUCCUAUGUAAAACUUAUCAUUGCAUGUAAAGCAUCAUUAGAGUGCAGGAGGAAAUUUUGGCAGACCUGUGUUCCUCAUUUGGCCUCACUGAUAAAUCUCACUAUUGCAAUCCUAUUUGAUAACAUCUGUAACAGAUAUGGUUCAAGUGAUGUCCCAUUGAGUCUGCGUCACUUUUUGGCUUUAGAGAUGAUUAUGGUGCCACCUCUAUUCAAUCCUGUAAUCUAUGGUUUAAAACUUAAAGAGGUCCGCAGGAGAAUCUUUAAAAUGUGCAAUAAUUGGAUCAGAAAAUAG